AUGCUCAAGUACGAGCAAAAGUUUGGUGAGACAUAUCAGGCUGCUUCGCUCUUUCUUGUCGGUGGUUCACGAGAUAAAUUCAUACAGUCUUGCCAGAUUCUUCUCGAGGUCCUUGAACUGCCUGAGCGGGAAAGACCAGAGCCUGAUAUGAAGAUUCAUGGCCUCAGAAACUGGCUCAAUGAAAUAGACGGCUGGCUUCUCAUCAUCGACAACGUCAGCAGCAGUGAGUUGCCUGAUAUUCAAAAUCUGCUCGAGUCGACAAAGAAGGGCCAUGUGCUCGUAAGCUCACAGAGCUUUGCUGUGGUGGACAAAAUUGUCGGCAACGAGGAGGCGUGUCGUGAAAUUAGAGGGCUUAGCGAGGAGGAUGCCAUAACUCUAUUCCUCACGACUAGCAACACCAAGGAGGAUAGCAAAAACAUGAUUUUAGCUGCCGAUAUUGUGAAAGAGGCUGGAUAUUUGCCUCAUGUGAUUGACCAAGCCGCCUGCUAUCGUGAAUGCGGAGCCCACAAACGGGCUGAAGAACUGUUCCGCCAGACAUGGCGACUGCGGUCAGUUCACCAGGGCCAAGGCUCGCCGGAGGCUCUGCAGUCUUUGAGCGAUUUGGCUGCCCUUAUAGAGCGGUUGGGUCGAUUGAAGGAGGCUGAAAAGUUAUUCAUCGAACUAAACAACAGCCAAAUCGCCACAUUUGGAGCCGACCACCCUAUUACAAUCGCCGGAGCGCACAAUCUCGCUCUAUGCUAUGCCAACCAAGGGCGGAUGUCGGAAGCGGAGGUGUUAUAUCGAGAGACUUUGAAUAUCUCCGAGAGUGCACUUGGAAAAGACGAUGAGGGGACCAUCAAAACUGUUGGCAACCUUGCGGUUACUCUGGAUCACUACGGCAAGUUACGGGAAGCCGAGCCGCUUUACGAACGUGCUCUUGAGACGUACACUCGACUUUUGGGUUAUGAUCACUUAUUGUCUCUGCGAGUCCGGAGCAACAUAUCCGGGCUCUACAGGCAGCAAGGUCGCUUCAGGAAAGCCGAAAGCGUGAUCAGGGAGGUACUUGCAGCAUUCUUAGAAACACUGGGCAAGAGUCAUUGCCACAUCGCAGAGGCGAUGUAUGACGUUGCGGAGGUCCUUCACGAUCAAGGAAGUCUAUACGAUGCAGGGAAUAUAUACAAAGCUUGCAUUGAUAUGUGGGAAUACGAAGCACCUUGUCACCCUUUGAAAUUCCGUGUCAUGGAUGCAGCUGGUAUUCUGGAACGUGAGCAAGGGGACCUUGAGAAAUCUCGCAGCUGGUCAGAGAGGGCUUACAAUGAUAACUUAAAGCUCCUGGGCUGGCUCGACCCCUAUACUCUGGUGGCAGCGAACAACUAUGCUGAACUUCUUCACGCUGAAGGGCAAUACGCCGAAGCAACACGUUUUUACGAGGCCUGCCUUCGAGGGUUCAAGGAGCUAUUCGGGGACAAGCAUCCGCAUUAUUUCAUGGUUCUGAACAAUCUUGGAAGAUUAUCAUGGGCCGUGGGGGGCGGAGAGGCAAUGCCAUUCUUUUCUCGGGCAUGGCAAGGGCUCAAGAUUCUGCUCGGGGAGACCCACUUUUGCACGCUGACCAUCCAACUCAAUCUGGCUCGUACCUACCUCGCCGCUGGACAAUUAGAGAUUGCAUCCGCUCAUAUGCUCAAAAUCAGGGAGGCGUAUAUGCGAGAAGUCGAGAUCAACCACCCCAGGCUUGGUGUUGUGGAGUUCUUUCUUGGCAUAUUGUCCGCUUCCAAGGGAAACCCUGAUUCUAUCGCACCGGGUAUUGCGCAUUUCAAAGCAGCAGAGGAGAACUAUAUGAAAACCCUGGGCGCAUCUCACCCAAAUUAUCUCUGGGCAAGAUGUAUGCUCAUUCGGACCCUCUCCAGGUGUGGUAGAACCGAAGAGGCCAACAUUUGCCUUUCAAAUAUUGAGCCCCAGUCCCUGCUUGACGUUCAUAACGGGGCUAUGAUCUCAGGCCUCGGAAAGCUGACAUUCCGAAAUAUGAUUUCUAUGGAGUCGAAAGAGUUGAAUUGGAUCUCGCUCAUCCAGAUCCCGUUUGGGGAGACUAUGAGAUUACGAUGGGGUCGGAAGACAGUUUGGAGGAUUUGGAGAGAGCCUGAUCUCAAGCUACAUAGCUAG